AUGUCCAAAAUCUGUAACACUUGGAAUUAUGUCUCCAACCAUUCCUCUGAUGAAGAUGGAAGGAUCGUUCUUAUCUGGAAAGAUCCGCUCAGACUGCAAGUUGUGAAGCAAAGUAGACAAUCCAUGACUUGUACGCUCACUCUCCCAAACAAAGAACCAGUUUAUUUCACCUCAGUCUACGCGGCUAAUACAAGUGAGGAAAGGGUGGAUCUCUGGGUUGAGUUGAUGCAACUUCACGCUUCUCUAAACCUUGACAGCAAGCAAUGGAUCAUUGGGGGUGAUUUUAACCAAAUCACUCACCCUGCUGAUCACUCUUCCCCAACUGUAAACACUCCUGACAACCUUAUGUACCAGUUGCAAGACUGCUUCAUUCAAUGUGGGGCUUUUGACCUGAGAUACAAUGGACCCCCGCAUACCUGGACCAACUAUCAGCCUUUUUACCCGAUUGGAAAAAAACUUGACCGUCUCCUUGUAAACUCCCCCACAAUCUCCUCCCAUCCUCAGGCUUUUGCCUCCUUCCUACCUCAGUUGUUCUCUGAUCACUCGCCUUGCCUGCUAGACCUCGCUUUUACCCUACCUAAAGCUGGAACUAAACCCUUCAAAUUCCAAAACUACCUCACCAAACAUCCCAACUUUCUGGAGAUGGUACUAGCUCUUCAAUCCCCAACACCGCUUUUGUUCCAACAAGAACGUGAUCUACAUCAAAAGUGGCUGUUCCUAAGACAAAUUGAAGAGAGUUACUUCAGGCAGAAAUCCCGGAUAAACUGGUUAAGUGAAGGUGAUUUCAAUACUACCUUCUUUCACCGCAUGUGUCAAGUUAGAGAAAGCUACAAUGCUAUCCGGUCGUUCCUGUCCAGCAAUGGAAUCCUGGUUACUGACCCGAUGGAAAUGAGUGAACUAGCGGUAGAGCACUUCAAAGCGAUUCUAGGUCCGUCAAACUACUUGAGACCUGCUAUCUGGUCCCCUCACUCCUGGUUUGCGGAUCUCAUUCAGUUCAGAUGUUCCCUGCAACAAUCCCAGCUAAUGUUAUCAGUACCAAGUGCUGAUGCAAUAAGAGCAAUGUUCUUCAAGCUAAACCCAAAUAAAGCUCCUGGGCCUGACGGAUUAACCUCUGGUUUCUACAAAGCAAGUUGGGAAACUAUAGGGCGAGAGGUGGUGGCUGCAACACAAAUUUUUUUCCAUUCUGGGUUCCUUCCUACCACAACUAAUGCCACCAUUCUUUCCCUCAUACCAAAGUUUCCGGGUGCUACAAAAGUUUCAGAUUACAGGCCAAUUGCUUGUCUAAACACAGUUUAUAAGGUGAUUUCAAGGAUGUUGGUUGCGAGAUUAAAGCCUAUCCUGCAAGACCUAAUUCUACCUUGCCAAACGGCGUUUGUGAAAGAUCGCUUGCUAGUGGAAAAUAUUGUUUUAGCUGGGGAGUUAGUUCAUGGCUAUCAUAAGAACAAAGGAAUUUCGAGAAUUACCAUCAAAGUAGACAUCGCCAAGGCUUUCGACACUCUCUCCUGGGAAUUCCUCUUCACUUGUCUUGAAACUCUACACCUGCCUCCUCAUUUCAUCACCUUGCUCAGGGCUUGUGUCUGCAAAACAAGUUUCAUGGUUGGUUACAAUGGAACGGUCAACGGUUAUUUUAAAGGCAAAAGAGGCCUGAGACAGGGAGACCCUCUUUCUCCCUAUCUUUUUGUAAUCGCCAUGAACUGCCUCUCUUUUAUGCUAAACUCUGCAGCUGCUCAGGAAAAAAUCAAAUACCAUGCUAACUGUAAGAAGAUGAAGAUGACGCACCUAUCAUUUGCUGAUGAUCUCCUCAUUUUCAUAGACGGCUCGAUCGAAUUUGUCCAACAGGUGCUGCAUGUUCUUAAAGAGUUUGAGCAAAGGUCCGGGCUCGCAAUAAGUAUGCAGAAAUCGAGCUUCUUUGCCUCAGGGCUCCCUGACCAAGUCAUUGACACAAUCCAAGCUUCUACUGGGGAUAUCACAAGCCACAACACCGCAAGGGUAGCUUGGGAGACUGUCGUGUUAACUAAGCAGCAAGGUGGUCUUGGUGUAAAGGACCUCCAAACAUGGAACAAAGCAUGCUGUUUGAAACUUGUGUGGCUUCUGUUUUUCAGGUCUGGCUCGAUCUGGGUUGCAUGGUUUAUAGAGGUAAUCCUUAAAGGCUCAAUACACAACUAUUGGACAACCAAACCGAAGGCUUCCUUCUCCUGGCUCGCAAACAAGUUGCUCAAGCUCAAAGAUGUAGUCUUCCCGCUCAUCAAGCUUCGACUAGAGAAUGGUAUGUCGGCACGGUUCUGGUUUGAUAAUUGGUCGCCUUUUGGAAGCAUUGCUACCUAUCUCAACUUGACUGGCUCAAGACUUGGCAUCCCACUAUCUGCAACGGUAGCUUCUCUCUAUAGGAACGGUAACUGGCGUCUCCCACCUGCAAGAUCAGAGCAACAAACCCAACUUCAGAUUCACUUGACGACUGUCAAUUUAACUUCAGAUAAAGACUACUUCGAAUGGGAAAUUGAUAGUAGGGUCACCACCACCUUCUCAAUUGGUGAUGUCUAUACCUAUCUUAGAGGAACAGUGAAUGAGGUUGACUGGGCUACUGUGGUUUGGAACUCUUAUGGGAUCCCUCGUCACAACUUCCACACAUGGCUAAUGAUUUUGGAUAGGUGCCCGACGAGAGACCGCUUGCUUCGUUGGGGAAUCUCAGCUUCACAUCUCUGCUUGCUGUGUAACAAUGCUUCUGAGAGCCGUGAUCACAUCUAUUUCGACUGUAACUUCUCCUUCGACUUAUGGGCAAUAAGCGCGAGGAGAUGUGGGCUCACUCCAAACCGUUCCUGGUCAGACACCAUCACGCAACUGAAAAGCCUCCCAAUGGACCGUUCAUCGAGACCUCAUAGACUUCUUGUCCUCCUAGCUUGGCAAUCUACGAUUUAUUGGGUCUGGAAUGAGAGAAACGCACGGUUGCACUCUAACACCUAUCGCUCCAUCGACUCUCUCUUCAAAACUAUUGAUCUUCAGAUUAGAAACAGAACUCAGAGUUUCCGGGUGACUAACCCAAGACUGUCUUCCCAACUACUACAGUCCUGGAUCCGACUUGCAUGA